AUGAAGCUCCAGCAAGUCUUAGCCCCUGGGCUGGCGGCGCUGCCAGUACCCGAAUUACUGGGUGGGAAUGUGAACUAUCUAUUUACUUUUGGCGAUUCGUACACCACCACCGGUUUCAAUGUGUCGGCUGGGCAGCCGGCCGUGGGAAAUCCAAUGGGAAAUCCUGAGUUAGGCCAAGGCACCGCCUCUGACGGAAUCAACUGGGUCGGGUAUCUGACCACCCUAUUCAACCAUACCCUAACCUUCAGCUAUAACCUCGCGGUGUAUGGGGCUACGAUUGAUAAUGAGGUAGUUUCGAAUGUGCCGGGGGACGUGGUGAGUCAGAUUCGGGGGAUGUUUGGGAAGCAUUAUUGUCGAGGGGCGGCAGACACGACACCCGAGACCACUUCAUUGUCGGCCACAGCGGAUGCUUGGACGGAGAUUGCAGAUGCAGCGCUGUUUGUGAUUUGGGUGGGGAUCAAUGAUGUACAAUUCAGCUAUCUCGCUCUCCACCCCCUCCUGCAACUCACCGCCGCGCUGGACACGUACUUUCAGCUGUUGACCGAACUUUACGACUGCGGCGCCCGCCGGUUUCUGGUCAUGAAUGUGCCCCCCACCACCCGCACGCCAAACAUGCUGACUCACGGUCCGAUACGACGCGCUCGCCAUCUGACUACGGUCCACAUCUUCAACCUGUUAUUGGAGCGGAUGGUGAAGCGCUGGGCCAGGGGAUUUCCGGAUGCGACGGUGAUGCUCUUCGACGUGUUUGCUUUUAUGGCUGCGGUCCUGGAUGACCCUCAGCGGUAUGGGUUCCGGGAUGGAACGUGUGUGGGUGAGGAGGGGUGUGUGUGGUGGGAUGACUUUCAUCCGAGGUCGGAGUUUCAUUUUGUUCUGGCGAGGCAGCUAGAGGGGUUGCUUGGAGGUGGUUUGGAUUGA